AUGAAGGACAAGGAGAGCUAUGACGUUAUAAUUAUUGGAGCAGGCUGGUACGGGCUUAUUGCGGCCACGACCUAUCUUCGACUCGCCCCAGACACAAACAUGCUCAUCGUUGAUAAUGGCAAGUCAAUUGGUGGUGUAUGGAGCAAAGAAAGGAUAUACCCCAAUCUCUUUGCCCAAGUAGGUCAUGGCCUAUUUGAGUACUCCUUCUACCCUAUGAAGAAAGAAGGCCUCACGCCAGAUCGCUAUAUCUCGGGCAAUACUAUUCACAACUAUCUUUAUUCUUUUGCCAAAGAUUAUGACUUGGUGCGUCGAACUCGUCUGGAAACAACCGUGACCAAUGUAGAGAAGAUGGUCAGUGGAAGUUGGCGGCUUGAUAUCCUCGGUGACAAGCCCCUAUGGGCCUCCAAACUCAUCGUUGCCACUGGAGUAUCUUCAGAACCGUAUAUUCCAACCUGGCCAAAAGAAGGCUUUUCGAAGCCUAUAAUCCACUCGGCUCAAACAGGAACAUCACUAGAUGAGCUUCACAGUCUGGCUGUUAAGCGAGUUGUGGUUCUUGGAGCUGCCAAAUCCGCGUACGACACUGUUUUUCUGCUACUCAAAGCAGGCAAGAAAGUUGACUGGAUAAUCCGAGACGAAGGCUCUGGACCUCUGGCAAUUAUGCCACCUCGAUUACUUGGUAUUUUCAACACUGUUGAUUUGAUGGGUACUCGAGCCCUUGCUGCAUUUAGUCCGGCGAUCUUGGGUACUAGAGGGGCCUGGUAUCAACUUCUUCAUCAGAAUAGUAUUGGGAGAUUCAUUACCAUGAAGUUUUGGAAUGUCUUGACUGCGGUGGCUGAGUACCAAGCUGGGUAUCACAAGAGCUCCAAUGCAGAGAAAUUACGGCCCAUACCAAAGGGAUACGGAAUAUUUUGGGCAAAUUCUGGUCUCGGUUUAGCUAGUGUUCCUGAUUUCUGGAAGACAUUCCAUGCUGGCGGUGCUACAGUCCACCGAACUGAAAUUGCAUCAUAUUCAGACGGAAACAAAGUUAACCUAAAAAACGGAACAUCGCUUGAAACCGACUUUGUAGUUCUGUGCACUGGAUGGACGGAUGCUCUCGGCCCAUUUAAACAGGAUCUGCGUGUUCAAUUUGGCCUACCAUCUGACCAGGACUUCAAUUCCAAGUGGCAGAAACUAGAUGAUCAAGCGGAGGAGACCGUCAAUAAGGCUCUUCCAAUUCUCACUAACCCGCCGGAUACUUUCGUGCCGUCUGCUUCCCAGAGACGACCGUGGAGAUUGUAUCGGAGGCUUAUUUCUCCUCGCAUGGCUGCACAGGGAGAUCGCUCGAUAUUCUUCCCGGGACAGAUACACUCGGUCUACACGCCACUCGUGGCUGAAAUUCAAGCUCUAUGGGGUGUUUCCUUCUUACUCAAUCAACUCGAAAUCCCUGACCAAAGAGAAAUGGAAGAGGAGGUUGCGGUGUGGAAUGCAUGGACUCGGAAGCGGUAUCUGGAACAAGGAAGGAAACAUGCAUACUCCAUCUACGACUACCUUGCUUAUGUCGACACACUAGCCCGCGAUCUUGGUAUCAACCCGAACCGUAAGUGUAAUCCAAUUGCUGAAAUGUUCUCGACAUAUGUGCCUAGCGACUACAAGGGACUUAUUGAUGAGUAUCUUCACACCCAAGAAAAGAAAAGGCUCAAGCUUUUCAAGACUGGUGUAAGAGCAAAUGGCCACACAAAUGGCCAUACGAAUGGACACGCCAAUGGAUACCACUAG